AUGUUCCUCAGCCGUUACCCAUACCAGGGCCCCUCGUCUGGCGCACCUGCUCGAACCCCCCGAGCUGCUGGCUCUGGCGCAAGCCGCCCGCCGUCCAGUGCGGGCUCCCGCCCACCAUCCAGUGCGGGUACUCGUCCGCCGUCGAGCGCGGGAACCCGUCCACCAUCAAGUACCGGCAACCGCCCUCCGUCCAGCGCUGGCAACCGCCCUCCGUCCAGUGCUGGCACCCGCCCUCCGUCGCGGACCAACAGCCUCUCGCGCUCACUGUCUCAGUCCGCAGGUGCGGCUCAGGGCUCCGCUGGUCGCUCGCUGCCUGUAGCCUUUGCCCAGUCGAACACAACACCCUACCCUUCAAGCCAACCUCGUCGUGUCCGUGACGACGUUGAUCUCCCCGCGUCCAUCACCGCUGGUCUUCGCCGGAAUAGGGACGACAUGGAGAAUGACCCCGAUUGGAACCCGCUUGAGCUCACUGGCCAAGACAUCAAACGCUACAAGGUGAUGGCCGACAAUAUUGCCGAGUCCACAGACGUGGACAAGAACGUUCUCUACGAGUUCAUUGAGCUCGGUAACAUUGUUCCCAUGCUCAUUGACAUACGCGCCCACCAGGAAAUGGGGUCAGUGUCCGAGCAAGACAAGGCCAAGCGCAUGUGGGAGAAGAAGCUCCAAUCCAAGGACUUCAAGAGCAUGGUUACUGUGCGCCUGACGGCGGCUCUUCUGUCUCCGGAUCUUACAGCGUUCCGUGUCAGAUUUACUGCUCAAGUUAUGGCUUUCGUAGGCCGGCAUCCCGAUAUCUUUGGUGUCGACAGCGUCGUCCUCAAUGACCACCAGCUGGAGAAGCUGCUCUACAAGCAGAUCUCGAGCACUAGUGGAUCUGUCCGAGGGACGAUCAAAGACCGGGUGACUGACUCCAUCAUGAGGGAAGGGAGCCUCCUCGAGCUAUCCAACCAGCUUGCCGCGUCCGCUCAGCGUAUGCCAAUGAACUCCUCCCACUGGAGGAGGAUAGCUGCACUCCGCUUCUUCACGCGUCAAUUCUACCUUGGAGUCGGCCACUUCAACAAGCCCCGGUCUCCGCAUCUAACUCAGCUUUACACCAGAAACAUCGCCCCCUUCCUCCACCCCGAUCUGUACGCGCUCAUUCAGCGCCAGCUUGGCAUCGACGUCCGCGCGGAUGUCGCUGAUGCCGGUGGCGAUGGGACUCUCUCGGGCUUGGGCCAAGGCCUUGAAGAUAAUGACCGGUUGCCUGUUACUGCUGACGACCUGCCCGACGAGUACGACCCUGAGCCCGAGGCACAAGCUCUGCCGGAGUCCGUGUUCGAGACUGCGCCCGAGUUUCCUGCCGAAAUCGAGCCCGAGGCUCAACGCGAGCCCGAGUCCCAAACAGAGGCGGAAUCCCAGAUCGAACAGGAGGCCCAGGCUCAGCACGAUGCCUUCCUCGACGACUUUGAGUCCCAGCAACCGGUGGACAACGACGACACCACGUCCGACUGGGGCCAUCACGAACAUGCGCCCGCCGCGGCUACUCCAUCGGUCGCUCCAUCUGGCUUCUUUGAGUUCACGACUGGCGACGGUCGUGUCAUUAGGCCCCGCUGGGUGAUGAGGGAGUACUGGGACUACAUCGACCACUCCUUCAACCACCUUCGCAAGCUCGCGUUGACGAAUGUGCAUAAGAAUCCGACACCGGGCUUGACGAUCGAACGCGCUCGUGAUGCCGAGCUCAAGAGGAUUAUGGGGCUCCUCAUGCAGGCCGACAUGGCUGACUUCCGGGGCACCAGCGACGAUAUCUCGAUCCGAGACAUCGCUGCUGCUUCCGAUGUCAUGGAGGUUGGCAUGAGUAUCGCUGUCCCUCAAUGGAUGAGCAUUGUCCAGCAGGACCUUCGCUGGGACUGA